AUGGUUGUAGAGGCUCCUCCUUGCUUCCAGAACCGCAACGGCUUUGCGAAUGGCUCCGCGAAGCCCAAGGCCUACCGCAACGAAGCCCAGCGACGACGACACGAACACCAUGAAGCGGACGUUGUGAUAAUUGGCGCUGGAAUUGCUGGGUGUACGCUGGCCGUUGCCUUGGGAAACCAGGGACGAAGCGUCAUCUUGCUAGAGAGGUCGUUGAAGGAGCCUGAUCGGAUAGUGGGAGAGCUGCUCCAGCCCGGCGGGGUGAGAGCCCUUGAACAACUUGGCCUGAGAGAUUGCCUGGAAGGAAUAGACGCCGUGAGGACAUAUGGAUACGAUGUGAUAUACUUUGGCAAUGGUGUGAAGAUACCUUUUCCCAGUGAUGCCAACGAGAAGAUUCUUGAGGGCAGAUGUUUCCACCACGGCCGUUUGAUCAUGCGCCUUCGAGAGGCCGCUGCUGCGAACCCGAACGUCACUAUUGUCGAGACCAAGGCCGUCUCUACAAUAAAAUCAACACAUACGGAGGAUAUUCUUGGUGUCCAAUGCCUGACCAAUGGCAAACAAGACUUCUACUUUGCGCCCCUAACCGUUGUCGCGGAUGGAUAUGCCUCUACCUUCCGAAAGGAAUAUCUCCCCAUAGCACCAGUCGCCAAAUCAAAAUUCUGGGGCCUAGAGCUUAUCGAUGCUAAAUUGCCGAUGCCGGGACAUGGCCAUGUUGUUCUGGGCGAUUUCCCCCCUAUAUUGAUAUACCAGAUUGGAGAACAUGAGACUCGGAUCCUAAUUGAUAUACCGGACAACCUGCCUUCAGCGUCAAUUGCCAACGGAGGUGUAAAGGGCCACAUGCGUAAUGUCGUCCUUCCUUCUUUGCCUGAGUGUAUACGGCCCUCGUUUGAAGCCGCGUUAGAGAAGGGAGGGUUCCGAUCGAUGCCAAAUUCUUUCCUCCGCCCUGUCACAAACAGGAUUCCCGGUUUGAUGUUCCUAGGAGAUUCGUUGAACAUGCGUCACCCACUCACUGGUGGUGGUAUGACCGUGGCAUUUAAUGAUGUUGUCCUCCUUCGAGACCUGCUCAGUGUGGAAGCAGUGCCUGAUUUAAGUAAUACCAAACUUGUUUUAAAACAGCUUUCCAAGUUCCAUUGGCAACGAAAGUCAUUAACUUCUGUCAUCAAUAUUCUUGCCCAGGCUUUAUAUUCUAUAUUCGCUGCUGGUGACCCCAAUUUGAAAGUCUUGCAACGGGGUUGCUUCAAAUACUUCCAACUUGGACUUAUAGACGGCCCCGUCGGACUGUUAUCUGGCAUAAUUCGAUCGCCAAUGGUUCUAUUCCGCCAUUUUUACUCAGUUGCCUUCCUGGCUAUUUGGCUACAUCUCACCAGCAGGCCCAUCUAUCUCCUCCCCAUAACCCUUUUCGAAUGCAUAAUAGUGUUCCUGACUGCCUGCAAGGUCAUUCUCCCCUUCAUAUUCUCGGAAAUGUUAAGCUAG